CUUGAUUCAUCCGACCGCAAGGAAUGACAGUGUCAGUGUCACUCAGCAACUUUAUGUAGUAUCAAAGAGGAAAUCAGUGGAGCAUGCUGUUUGAUAUCUAGCGAGUAGAAUAACGACUUGAUUCCAAUUGCCGGCUCUGUCGAUGAAAAUGUAGCAACAUUGCAGUAACUGUAGCUCCACUUCCACCAAGCAAAAAGUUUCACCUAUCAGCCCUACGAGAAGUAAGCAUAGAAAUCCACGAAUCCACCCAGCAUGAGAUCUUUCGGCGGGGGCGGCGACAAGAACCCCGGUCGGGGUGGCGACAAGAAGAAAUUACCCGGCAUGUUCGACCUAAAAGCCGUGAUGAAGGAGAAGAAAGCGAAAAUGAACGAGGGCCGGCCGGACAAGAGCACGUUGAAGGGGAAGCUGGCCGCCGCACCGCCGGUGUUCACCAAACAGGAAAACGUCGGCGAGGUGGCCGCGGCGGAGGAGCAGGAGAAGAUUGAGAAGCGGAUCGAAAAGGAGAACGAGAAGGAGGGCAAGGAGGCAGAGGCGCUAACAAAACUGUACACCGAGUACUUCCCGACCAAAACCGGCCCCGUGACCAAGGAAAUGUUGGAAGACGCCGAGCGGAUUGCGCAACUGCGGCGCCAGGAGGAGGAGCGCCAGCGCAUGUUGGCGGCACAAGGCGGCGAGCAAACCGAGGGGUUUCGAUCCUUCGAGGACGAUCUGGACGGGAAGAAGUCGAAGAAUAUUAAAACUACCGCUGCAGUUGUUCCUGCACUGGAGGAUAAUAAAGCUUCUGCCGGAGCAGCAGGGCUCGCAAUUAAAAACGACGCAAAGAUGAAUACCCCGUCCACAUCAAUAGCGGCAGCAUCAGGCGCCAGUAAAAAAGACAAACCGGUCCAGCUUUCUGACACAAAGCUCAUCCCCGCCGACGGCAGUUCGUCCACAGCGACGAAGGAAAAGCUUCUUCCUGACGACGACAGUGAGAACAACGCGUCCAACAAGCAUGCUGGCGCGGUUGUCGCAGUCGCUGAUUCAUCAACCUCGACUUCUACUUCCGACAGCGCCUUCGACGUGAACUCCUUCACGGCAAAAUUUCUUCUCGGCAAAGCCGGGAACGUCGGGGGCGGGGGCGCGGCUUUACCGAACAUCAAUGUCGCGGCGGAUCCGAUUCAGACAAAAGUCGCGGAGUCCAAGUCCACCGCCGCCAGUGCGUCCUCCCGCAUAGCGAAGAACAUCACGAACAGCAACAAGCUGCUGCACAGUUACCUGCAGGUGGAGGACGGCGCGGAGCCCACCAUGCAGGUCGGCGCGGUCAGUCUGAAACUCUUGUCUGUCGGGGGCGCGGCGAAGAACGACUUGCUCUCCCCCGCGGAAAUUAAGGCGAAGUUGCGGAAACUGCACCAGCCGGUCACCCUUUUCGGCGAGUCGGACAAGGAUCGGCUGCGUCGGUUGCAGCUCCUGCAGCGCGACAUCGCGGCGCAAGGCGAAGAGCGGUCCUCGGGCCAGGCGAACUUCUUCCAGCGGGUGUUGCGGUCCGUGAUGGACGACGACAACGAUUUGACUCUGAAGGACGACGAGGACGCGGCCGCGAAGUUUGCGACCUUGGACAAGAAGCGGAAGUCUUUGUCCGGAAAGGCGACAGCGGGCGGUGGUGGCACCGCGUCUGUGCACGAUCUACUCGACGCCGAAGACGACGCGGCGCUGAACCCGAAAACCGAGCUGUCAGACGACACGAGUUCGUCCGAUGAGGCGGACCAGAAGGUGGAUGAGAAGGACGCGUACGUCACAUCUCUCGAACUGCAGAAGAACCCGCUGAAGGGGCUGAAGGCGGUCUUGGACGGGGAUGUGAAGCCGGAGGAGAUUGAGCAGGAGCGCGGGAAGGUGGACGGCAAAAAACGGGAGAUCGGGGAGUGGUACAGCGGCGGCCGCAUCCUGUCCGGCGGCGCGCACAUCGGGAACGUGAUCCACCGCGAACAGGAAGAGGGAAAAUUGCGGGAACGCGACAAAAAGAUCCUGGAUUUGAAGCGCGCGAUCAAGGGAAAGCAGGACGUGGACGCGGGUUUGAAGCAGGACGAGGAGGACGCGGCGAACCCGGCGAUCCGCGCGUUGCACGAGGAGGCCAUGAAAACCAUCCGGUCCGCGGACUCCAACGACCCAAACAAGUGGAACGCGCGGCCGUACCUCCCGGUCCAGUCGGUGGAGGACGAAAAAAAGGACGCAGCAACCGGGGAGUACGUGGACCCGUCGGACGUGAAGCAAACCUGGAAGAACUCGAAGGAGUACCGGGUGCGCAAGUGGAUCAAGAAGAUGUGGCAGAUUUGGGCGGAAAAUUUGCUCGCCCGCCCCCAGGACGAGAAGGAGUCGCAGGAGGGGAAGUUGCAGACCGCGAUCUUCGAGCAGAGUCGGAAGGACAUCCAACCGCUGCUGAAAAAGUUGAAGGAGUGGGCGAAGCAGGAGCUGUUCACCUCGACCGCGUACCGGGACAAGCGGAAGAAAGAAACGGAGCUGGGCGUGGAGGAAAACGAGUCGGUGGAUUUGUUGGACAAGAUGGUCACGCUUUGCGACCAGAAGCUGUACCGCGAAGCCACGGCGCGGUACGUCGAGUUGGUGAUCGGGAACGCCGCGAACGCCACGGUCGGGAGAACGCGUAUUUACAAACGACCGCGCGGGGCGACCUACCAGCGCGUCGAGACCUUCGACGCACACAAGGUGGACCUGAAGUUCCGCGGCAUGCUGAACAACGAGGAGUCGAGAAGGUACUUGCAGGUCUUCAAGCGAUUGAUGCGGGUGUGCGAAACCGUGCACCCGCCCGAAGAAGGAAGUAUGACGCUGUCGUAAGGUUUUUGAAGAGCAGAGGGCGGAUACUUUUUCAAAAUUUAUGCUGUUUCACUUGUUGAAUAAGGCAGAUCAGGUACUACGAUCAGAUAAAGCGACAGUGAACAAGAUUUCACGAUUCAUGAUUAAAUGAAAGUCAGUGGUUUAUUUACACGCGCUGUCACAGUUGUCGUGUGUAAAAAGUGUAUCACAUCAUCUUCGUACAAACUAGACGAAGGAAGAUCAGCA